AUGGAAUAUCAAUCACUUACAAUACCACAAAUUAAAAUAGAAUUAGAUAAAAGAAAUUUAAAAUAUUCAAGUAGAUUAACAAAACCAAAUUUAAUUCAAAUUCUAGUUGAAUUUGAUAAAACAAAUAAAAAAAGAAAAAAUUAUAAAAAACAAGAAAAAGAAGAGAAAAAACAAAUUUUAGAAAAAUCAAUAACAAUUAAAAAAAGAAAGACAAGAAAACAAGAUAAUGAUCAAGAAGAUGAAAUUAUUUUAAAAAAAAUUAAAUUGGAAAAUGAUGAAAAUCAAAUGACAAUUCUUUUCUUUAAAGUAUGGCGUAAUUGUGUUAUCAGAAGAGUUCUAUCGUCACACCUAGAAUUAGUUUGUAAAAAUCAUACAGUUUUAUUCAAUGAUAUUACUGAUAUUUUAAAUCAUCCAAAUAUUCCCUAUUUGAAUACAAUUCAUAUUAAAUCUGAUCAAUCAUUAACAAAUCAAAAUCCAAUUCAAAUUCUAACUCCGAUUCAAAUUCAAACUCAUAAUCUAACUCCAAUUCAAAUUCAAAAUCAAAUUGCACAUCAAGUUUAUAUUCAAAGUCAAAUUCAACUUCAAAAUCAAAUUCAUAUUCAAAAUCAAAAUAAUAAUAAUAAUAAUAAUAAUAAUAAUAAUAAUAAUAAUAAUAAUAAUAAUAAUAAUAAUAAUAAUAAUAAUAAUAAUAAUAAUAAUAAUAAUAAUAAUAAUAAUAAUAAUAAUAAUAAUAAUAAUAAUAAUAAUAAUGUAAACAAUGUAAAUAAUAAUAAUGGUAAUAAUAAUAGUAUUUUUAAUAAUAAUAAUAACUAUAACAAUAACUAUUAUGCCAUAAUUAACCCACCUGUAAAUAAUAAUAAUAAUAAUAAUAAUAAUAAUAAUAAUAAUAAUAAUAAUAAUAAUAAUAAUAAUAUUAAUGAUACAACUAAUAAUAAUAUUAAUAAUAAUGAUAUUAGUAAUAAUGAUAAUAAUGAAAAAGAAGAACCAAAAUUUUCAUUCCCACAUUCCAUACAAAAGAUAGUUUUUGAAAAAAUGGGAGUUAAUAUUUUAAAGAAAGUAAUUAUCCCACCAUCAGUUUAUUCAAUUAGUUUAUUAGAUUAUAAAAUGGAGGAAACAUUAAUUCCAGAAUCAGUAAAAGAAUUUUCAAUUGGUCAAUGUCCAAAAAAGAUUUAUCAAAGAAGAAGAUAUGUUUAUCCAAAGAAUUUUUGUGAAUUAAAUUCAAUUCCACCAAGUGUAGAGAAAUUAAUUCUAUGUGAUGAUAUAACUUUAAAUCUAAUCAAUGAUAAGGAAAAACAAGGUUGUUUAAAAACAAUUGAAUUUCCACAUCACUAUUCAAAAAAUAUCAAAUCAUGUUCAAUACCACCAACCGUUGAAAAAUUAAUUUUUAAUAAUCCAUACUAUGAUUUAAGAAAAGUUGCAAAACAUUAUCAAAAAAUUACUGAAGUCAAAAAAAUAAAAUAA